AUGAUAAUGAGAAAAUGUCUAAGGCUGCGAAGCAUCACGAUGAUGAUGCUAGUGGCGGUUUUGGUCUGGUCUGUAACACUAGAGACCUGCAUUGCUAGAAGAGGAAGACACUGGAGACAUAACAAACGAAGAUCCUGUGACUUGUCUGGAUCCUUGUCAAGCAAGAAACCAAAAAGCCAUGGUAACAGUCACCACAGCUCUCACAAUAAUAACAACAGUCAUCACCACAAGUCUAAAACUAAACUGAAGCCAAAAGUGAUAACACCGCCAAAAGUUGACGAGAAUAACUCUCCGGUGGUUUCAGGACUACCAAAAGUCAAACCACCGUCUCUUCCACCGCUAAAUGAAUCUCAGGUCUUCAAUGUGAUGGACUUUGGAGCAAAGGGUGAUGGCAAAUGUGAUGACACUAAGGCGUUUGAAGCGGCUUGGGCUGCUGCUUGCAAAGUGGAAGCAUCUAUGAUGAUCAUACCAUCUGAAUACACUUUCCUUGUUGGUCCAAUCUCAUUCUCUGGUCCUUAUUGUCAACCAAACAUUGUGUUUCAGCUUGAUGGUACUAUUAUAGCUCCAACGGAUUCAAAGUCAUGGGGAAAAGGGUUAAUGUGGUGGAUUGAUUUCACAAAGCUGGUAGGAAUCAAAGUACAAGGGAAAGGUGUGAUUGAUGGAAGAGGCUCUGGUUGGUGGCAACAAUAUUACCCUUUCAUUGAUGGUGAAACCAAACUCAUCAUUCCUUUGAACAACUCUGUUAACCACAACCCUCCAAGAAGUGAGUUUGAUUUGAAAAUGCCAAACAUCAAACCAACGGCACUAAGAUUCUAUGGGAGUAUUGGUGUGGAAGUGUCUGGUAUAACGAUCCAAAACAGUCCUCAGUGUCACCUCAAAUUCGAUAACUGUGGAGACGUUGUGGUACAUGACAUGACCGUUUCUUCACCUGGAGACAGUCCAAACACUGAUGGGAUUCACUUGCAAAACACUAGAGAUGUCCUCAUUCACAGCACAACACUCUCUUGCGGAGAUGAUUGCAUCUCGAUCCAAACGGGUUGCGCUAACGUAUACAUACACAACGUGAACUGUGGACCUGGCCAUGGUAUUAGUAUCGGUAGUCUUGGUAAAGACAGCACAAAAGCAUGCGUCUCAAACAUAACAGUACGAGACGUGGCGAUGCACAACACAAUGACAGGGGUCAGGAUCAAGACAUGGCAAGGAGGAGUAGGAUCAGUGAAAGGGAUACUCUUCUCAAACAUUCAACUGAACCAAGUCCAGUUUCCAAUAGUAAUAGACCAAUUCUACUGUGACCACACCACAUGUAAGAACCAGACAUCAGCAGUUUCAGUUGAAGGAGUGACUUACGAGAGGAUCAAGGGGACUUAUACUGUUAAACCGGUUCAUUUCGCCUGCAGUGAUGACUUCCCUUGUGUAAAUGUGCAGUUAUCUGCAAUAGAGCUUAGGCCGGUUCAAGAAAAGUAUCAUAUGUAUGAUCCUUUUUGCUGGCAAACGUUUGGUGAGCUCAACACUCCUACUCUUCCUCCUAUUGAUUGUUUGCAGAUUGGGAAGCCAGCAAGAAACAGAGUUCAAUCUGAUCAUGAUGCUUGUUGA